UGCGGCAGAAGCCAUAUAGAGUCGUAAAGCUAUGCCAAGGAUUUCUGCCACCUCUUCAGCUGCGGACACUGGCACAAGGUGCUGGCAGGUCCCUAUGGAGGCGGCCCGGUCCCGUGUUCCUCCAGCACAGAGGGGCGGCGCCAUGUCUCUCUCAUCCUCCUUUGUCUGUGAUGAGGCAGGAGGAGGGGCAGUGAUGGGUACCGCUCCUCGCCCCACCCAUCCAUGACCAGCGCUCCAUACUACAGCCUGGGCUCCGAGCACUGGACCAGCACCGCCGGCUGUGCCCUCCGUGCCCAUCACUGCCAGCUGAGCCUCGUGCACCCCCGUCCGCAGCGGCGGCACUGAGAGAGGACGCCUCGGGCCGGUAGCGGGCACAGAUACAGACAUGUUGGCCCUAUUUAACAAGCUGCUGGACUGGUUCAAGGCUCUGUUCUGGAAAGAGGAGAUGGAGCUCACCCUGGUGGGGCUGCAGUACUCCGGGAAGACCACCUUUGUCAACGUGAUCGCGUCUGGACAGUUUAAUGAAGACAUGAUCCCAACCGUUGGUUUUAAUAUGCGGAAAAUCACCAAAGGAAACGUAACCAUCAAGCUCUGGGACAUUGGAGGUCAGCCACGCUUUCGAAGCAUGUGGGAAAGGUAUUGCCGAGGUGUGAGUGCCAUUGUAUACAUGGUGGAUGCUGCAGAUCAAGAGAAAAUUGAGGCUUCAAAAAAUGAGCUCCAUAAUUUACUGGAUAAGGCUCAACUGCAAGGUAUUCCGGUUCUUGUCCUUGGAAACAAGAGAGACAUUGCUGGGGCUCUAGAUGAGAAAGAAUUAAUUGAAAGAAUGAACCUAUCUGCCAUCCAAGAUCGGGAGAUCUGCUGCUACUCCAUUUCCUGCAAAGAAAAGGACAACAUUGACAUCACUCUACAGUGGCUUAUCCAGCACUCUAAGUCCCGGAGGAGCUGAAAACACCAAAUCCCUGGCUACCACUUUUAAAUAUCCUGGAGAAUGUGUUACUUCGAGGACUUACCACAAACACUGAGAUGAAGGAAAUGUGUUCAAGUCCUUGGAAUUCUCUCUUUCUCCUCCUUAUCUUUUUGGAUAUUCCCUCCUUCUUCUCAUCUCCUUACGUCUCUAUUUUAAUGGUAUUUUUACACUAUUCUCACUUCCAUUGUAAGAUAUUGUCCACCUCCUAGCUCAUGCAGCCAUCUCUCUGAUACCCCUUUCUUGUUGUUGGAGUGUGUGUAUAUAUCUAUACCGUGUACAUGUAUAUAAUUUGAUUUUUAUUUAAUUGUAAGAAUUUAGUUAUCUGCUGGUUGACUGAUAACGUAUUUACAUUAAUUUAUAAAGACCACCUUGUCAAUAUAUAUAUAUGUAUGUAUGUAUUAUGUGUGAAAUAUCAUAUAGUUGUACGCAGAAGGUACGCAGACUGGUAUGUCUAAACUAAUGUCUCAGUUCUCAACAGAAAUGAACAGGCCAUGUUCUAGACUAUACAGUAUAUAUAAACCUGCUACAAAAGAUAAAAUAUAUUGGCAAUAAUGGCCUGUGUUCUCCUCGCUCCAGUAUAGUCACCUGAAGACACAUCAGCUAUCUUAAGGAGAAAAACUAAAGGUGGAGAAACCUUUUUAAUCAUUUUUUUUUUUUUUUUUUUUUUUUGUGUGAAAUUAUUUUAUAAAACUUAGUUUUAAAUUUUUAAAAGGUUUUGGAUGGUUUUAUUCAAGGUGCUUACCGCCUAUUAUAAUAAAAUGCAUCUUUAAUGAAGUACUUGUCUCAUGUAGAAAUACAGAAAAGCUGCAUUCUUUAUGUAAGUAUCUAAGUAUUUUAAGUGCUGCUCAAGUCCAAGACAACAGCAAAUGUUUGUUAAUAGUAAAUAUUAAGAACAAUUUGCCAUAUCCUAGUCAGUGCCGUCUUUGGCGCUGUAUAUACAGCCUACUAAUUACAAAGACUUUGUUUCUUGAAGUUUGUUUCUUGUGUAUAUUUUAUUUUUUGCUGUCUAAUAAAUGAAUAACUUUGUCAA